UCACUCCUGUUGGAGAAUGGGAACAUACCUUUCUGCGCGGAGCACCUUUUCUUUUACCAGUGUCCUUGGGAAAAUGAUACCAAUUGUAAACACAACGUGCCUAUUACCAGCCAAAAUAGUUUUGGUACAAGGGGCGAAGUUUAUUUAACUACCCGUCAUCAUCAGAUUGCAAUGAUGACAAGUGAACGGUAUAAGGUGUUUUCGCCGGAAUUAGUCGACAAGCAUCCGCUAACAGGUCCACAUUCCGAGGAUACAGUUCCCAAGGAACUUAUCGCCAUGAUCAAGCCGCUAAGGAGGUACCAAAAGCACUCUGAUUCAAAAGAUUCCGGAAUCUCGUUGGACUUGGACUUCAACAAGAAACUUCACUUCGCUGUGUGGCCUUGCGGCAAGUUUGAAGGUUUCUUGGAAGCGGUCAAUCAAAACCCGGAGGCCAUCCAUUGCAGAUAUGGAUUUAGCAACGAGACCUUGCUUCACAGAGCCUGUCGGUAUGGGAACCAACAGGUCUUCGACUAUCUAUUGGCCAAUGACGCCGUGUUAACAGCCCGAAACAAGGCUGGAGCUACUCCGAUCCAUCUGGCCAGCAAGUUCAAGCGAGUCAAGUUUAUUGAGGACCUUCUGGCAGCUGGCGUUCCUUGGGACGAAUGUGAUGAUCAGGGUGACCAACCCAUACACUAUGCGGCAAUGUCUGGCUGUGUUGAAAGUGUUGGAUUGUUGGUAAAGGCAGGCGCUUAUAAAUGCAGCCCAGGAUUCCGCGGCAAUACCAUCGUCCAUUACGCAGCUCGGGGUGCCAAAUUGGAGCUGAUUGAAGACAUCUUUGCCGGUGGAUGUACUGUGAUCAAUAAGGUGAACGAUCUCACGGAGUCUCCUUUACAUUUGGCGGCCAGUUCGUACACAGCAGAUCCUAAUCAGGGAUUGGCAGUAAUCAAACGAAUUUUACACUACGGAGGUCAACUUAAUGCCCGGACCAUUUGGGGUGAUACGGCCGCUCAUUAUGCGGGUCGAUGGGGGUCGCCCACGGUGCUGUCCUUUCUCUUGUCCGAAGGGAUUGAAGUUGGCAAGGAAGUUGAUACUGGCCAUGAUUCUUUCUUUGAGAAGCUCGAGCUACCAGCCGAAAUGCGAGAGGAUUUUAAGUACACCCUGUUGCAAAAGGUGGCCAAAUCAACUUGCAUGGAAAAAGCGCACAUUGUUCUGAACAAGAUAAUGGACGCCAGGAUCAAGUUGGCUCAGAAUAUGUAUUACAGCAACCGUGGAGUUGAUGAUCAACAAGAGGAGAUGAACAAUCAGGAGAAGGCAUUCCUAUUCAUGAGCUCUGAGUUGCAAGUAAAUGGUGAUCCUGAUGGAGCCAUUCAAAUGUUUCUUAAAUAUUCCCCUGACUCUUUAACGCGUCUUUUCGAUCGUUGUAUUAUCAAACCAUGUCAAGCACAGGUUCAAGGCAGGGUCUACAUAGAUAUGUUUUUAUUCAACAUGUCCAAAGAUAAAUGCGGACGUUCGGACGAGUUGAAUAUCAUUGAAAAUCUGAUUGCCAUGGGCAAGGAAAGAUUUCUGAUUCAUCCACUCUUUGAGCUGUUUCUCAAAAUGAAAUGGUACAAAACGUGGUUUUAUUACUUAGUUUACAUCCUGUUGCACUUGAUCUUCUUGGUGUCUUUGUGUGGGUUCACCCUGGCUCAUUUUGGAAAGCUUGUGGAGGAUAUGGAGAACUACAACUACAGGGAGCGAAAUUUCUGGUGGUACUUUUUGGCUACUUCCCAUGCUUAUAUAGUGAUCGUGGUCAUGUCUAAGAGUCUGCAAAGUGGAGGCAUGAUCAAGAAAACCCAUAAUAGUGGACACAACACAAAGAAAAAAUUUUGGAGCGUGGUGGAACAACAGCUUUAUUCCACCUUCAUCCUCGUAAAAGAGAUCGUCAUGCCUACUUUAGUAGGAGUGGUCUUGUAUGGCAAUCUGUCCGAGAAGCAGAUGCGAUACAUCUUGGCUUGCUCCAUCAUCUUGGCUUGCUACUCGUUCAUGAAGACCAUCAGCCGACUUCCAAGGGUUGGUCUCUAUGUCCACAUGCUAAACAAGGUCAUGGCCACAGUCUUGAACUUCUUCGCCUCUUAUGUGUGGCACUUCUUGGGCUAUGCUAUUGCCUUUCACAUCCUUCUCCCCGGAAGUCGGCCCUUUGGAUUGUUUUCUGACUCUUUUAUCAAGGUUAUGACCAUGCUUAUGGGAGAGUAUGACUACACCUUGUACUUUGUGGCCGAUGAGAACACCUCCUUGAUGGCCAGGGCCAUAUUUGUCGUGUUCCUGGUCGACAUGUCCGUAGUCUUGAUGAAUUUGGUCCUGGGAUUGGCUAUUGCAGACAUUGAAGAACUUCAGCGGAACUCCGCUGUACGACGAAUGAUGCAAGAGACUUGCGCCAUUUUGUUCACGGAGAAUAUGUUUGUCAUCUUUAACAAGAUAUGCCCUUGCACGGACCUUUUUAACACAAGUAUUGUGAAUGAGCGGACAAUGUUGUUUCAAGACGUCAUCUACUUGGAUCUGGUGGACUUGGAUAAAAGUCCUAAUAAUGUCUUGGUUUUGGAGCGUGUCAUGCCGGAGAAGACCAGCUACUAUCAAUGUCCGCAUCACAUUGUGGUCAGUGUUGCCAAUAUUGUGAAGUCGACCCUCAAUCAGAGAUUGAAUCCCGACAAGAAACUGGACGACAGUUUGGAUGAAAUGGACAAAAUUCGGAAAACUCAAGCAAACAUCCUGGAGACCUUGGCAAAUCUUACGAAUCUCAUGGGAGAGCUUAAUCGCCGCAAAUUGGAGACCCCUUGAGCUCUAGGGACAAUUGAUUGUUAUUCUCACUGUGUUCGAUGGCAUUUCUGCGUGUCCAGUGUUCCCCAAAUUUGAAGAUGUAAUUUGCUCUAAAAUAAUGUACUAACAGAGUCUCUAAGUGUUAACAAUCUUGAUGUAUUUCCCUUGCCACACCAAGAAAAAAGUAUUCCCAGCAUUUUAGGGGUACGUUGCGCUGUGUUUUUAGAAAAGAUAUUACUCAUGUGAUGGCAGAAUGUAUUUUUGUCAGUGUCGUUUUAUCCGUAUCAAUCAAAAUUAAAAAUAGAAAUGAAUCAACAACAACACAAGGGUCGAUAACCAAUGGUCCUUUUCAAUCUCCUCUCUCCUCUCGUUGCCGCCAAACACAGAAAGAAAUACAAGAACACACUCGAAGAUGCCUGACUUUCACAGGGUAUUUUUCGCAGAGCAUCUUAUUGCUGGUCUAUUCCAACACGAUAAAUACUCCAACCCUGCUUGGAGUAAUUUCAAAUCUUGCAAAUGUAAAAUUACCCACACUUUUAACAUCCAAAUAAGA